AUGUCCGAGAUCACGCCCGUCGCACAGGUCCCUGCCGCUGAGCCCGAGAAGGCCGUCGAGGCCGUCGAGGCCAACAAGCCCGCAGAAACAUCUGCUGGUGAGCCUGCGACUGAAGAAGCCCCCAAGGCCGACGAGCCAGCUGCUGAACCCCCCAAGGAUGCGCCUGCUGGUGCUGAGCCAGAAGCGCUUAAGGCCGACGAGAAGCCCGAGGAAAAGAAGCCUGAGCUUCCCGCCUACAUCACCAAGAUCCCUUCUCUAGCUCAGUUUUUUGAGAAGCUCCCCAAGAUCCUCAGCGACACUGGUUACACUGAGAUGUGGGGCGUCGAGCUCAAGGACACCGCCGAUAUUCCUACCGUCAACGUAUUGAUCAAGUUUCUGCGCGCCAACGAGGGUAACCUUCCAGGUGCUGAGACCCAACUUCGUAAGGCACUUGAAUGGCGCAAGGAGGUCAAGCCUCUUGAGCUGGUGGAGUCUGGCAAAUUCAGCGCUUCCAAGUACAAAGGCCUGGGUUAUUUGACUGCUUACGAGAAGGACGGACGCCCACUGAUUUUCACCUGGAACAUCUACGGCGCGGUGAAAGACAUUGCGAACACAUUUGGUGAUUCCGACGAAUUCGUCAAGUGGCGUGCCGCGCUCAUGGAGCUCGCUGUUCAAGAUCUCAAGUUGAAGGAUGCUACCGAAGUCAUCGACUAUGAUGGUGAGAAGGACCCCUACCAAAUGAUUCAAGUCCACGACUACUUGAACGUCAAGUUCUUCCGUGUGGACCCUACUGUGCGCACUGCCACCAAGAAGACCAUUGAUGUCUUCUCGACCGCCUAUCCCGAGCUGCUGCGCGAGAAGUUCUUCGUCAACGUCCCCGGCAUCAUGGGAUGGAUGUUCUCUGCGAUGAAGCUUAUCCUGAGCCGCAACACUACUCGCAAGUUCCACCCUAUUACCAAUGGUGCCAACCUGGCUCGGGAAUUCCCGGCUUCUGUCUCGGAGCAAAUCCCCGCGGUCUACGGUGGAAAGGGCCCCGCGUUGGAUGAGAAUGGCCGUACCGUUCAGCUGGUUGAGGAUGGUGUUAAGGAGGACAAGCCUGCCGAGGAACCUGUUGCUAAGGCAGAGGCACCUGCCAAGGAGUCUGCUGUUGAGGAGGUCGCCAAAGGGAAGCCUACUCAGGAGGAGCCUGUGACAGAGGAUGCUUCCAAGGAGGAGCCGAAGGGAGAGGCUAAGGAGGAAGCGAAGGAAGAGUCCAAGUAA